GUUCAACACUUCUCAGAAUCUCAACCAUUUAAUUAGGAAUAAUUAUUUAACAUAUAUCAAUUAAAAGAUAUAUAUUAAUUAAUCAAGAAAGGGGAAAAUGAGGAAGGGGGGCGAUGAUGAUGAUAAGAAAAUGAAUGAGCAGAAUAUGAUAAGAAAUAUGUUGAAUGAUACGAUGGUGGUCAUAGAUAAAUCAAUUCAGAAAAUUAAUAAUAAGCUUGAUGGUCAUAAUGAGGCAGAAUGGAAUAAAGUCGAUCAAAUGGUUGUCUCCAUAGCGGUCCGCAAAUUGUUCUGGGAAAAUCGUAAUCAUGUAAGCGAUUGGAGAUCUUUGACGAAAUCCCUUUGCAAUAAAUAUGAGAGUGUUUUGGCACAAAGGAUUUCACAAAAGGUUGUUCCUUCAAUAGAGAAAGUGAGAAGUACAAGUUCAUUGCUGGAUGAAAUUGUGGAGCAAUGGUUAUUAUUUGACAUUUACAGAAGAAAUUUAGAGAUCAUUUUUGAAACUGUGGGGGAAAUUCAGCAUAUAAUUACAAAUGUUUUUCCUAUGUCCUUAUAUAAAAUGUCAAAAAUAAUCUUUUGUAAAGUGGUAUGGAAAGAAUUCCACGUUCAAAUCGACCACCUACUAACUCGAAAGAUUGAUGAAGGGGCGUUUAGGAAUGUUGAUGAUAACCUAUGCUUUGACGAUGGAACGAUUAAACUUAAUAAUUUCUACCAUGAAAUGAAGCAUAUACAAGAAUAUGUUUACCCCCAACUGCCAAGAACUUUUGCUAUCUUAACAGAAAAGAAUAUAGUGCACUAUAAUAUAUGAUCUUAUAUAUAUAUAUAUAUAUAUAUAUAUAUCUGUAUCCCUGCUACUAGCUAGAUCUAUUUGUGGGAUUUCUUUCUAUAUCACUGUUUAGGUCUUCAAUAUUUCCAUUCUUACAGAGAUGAUCAUGGAUUUUUUCAAUUUUUUUUUUCAUUUUUAGUUUUGAAGUUAUUUUGAACUAAAUUUGCACGAUGAGCAUGAUUUGUUUUAUUAGUGUUAUAUUGUUUAUGGCAAAUGAAAGAAAUAUAAAUAUAAGAAAA